GAUUUAAGAAAUUUAAAGGGAAAUUUCAGACUAGAUCACCAAAACUUUUUUCUUUAUUUAUUUUAAGGAUUUUGGACUAUAAAUGAAAUGAGGGUCUUCUUCUUGGAAAUACUAUAUGGUUAUGAUAUCGCUGCACAUGUUAUUUGAGUGUGUUUCAAAUGGCAUUUGACAAAUUAACAAGUAAUGAGUUCAUAUUUACUAGUCUAAACUUUCCAAAAAUGUAAUAAGUCCAAGUUGGUGGGCUACCAAAUUAUAAAGAUCACGAUUAAUUAUUCUAAAGCCUUCUCAAGGUUAUUAUAGGACUAGGACAUUUUGAUCCCUGAUAAUAAAAAUGUCUUAUUUUACAUUAUUAAACUCUUAUAUGAUUCUACUUUGCUAUUAGCUAUGGUAUUGGACAAUACAAUUUACAUGUUCCCUUUUAACAAUUUUCAUCGGUUUGUAUUUACAUGAAUUGUUUUAAAAAAAUUUCAAAGUUAAAUUACAAUCAAUUAUUACUCAUCUUUUAUUCACAAUUAUUAGACUAAUGAUCAUUCUCUUUCAAAGUUGUUUUAGUACCAAAUUUCUUUUCAAGUCAUUAAAAGCACAAUUAAAGAAAGCAUAUUUGAGGGUGUCAAUGACAUUGCUUUAUAGUCAAGCACGGUGAACUAUCAAUUAAGUUAUUACGAGUGCACCAUGUUCAUGCAAAAUACCUAAUUACGAAAAGUUGACCAAUACCCACUUUAGCUAAUGCUUAAGCAAUAUAUAUAUAUAUACAUAUAAUAUUCAAUAAAGUGAUCAGCCUAAACUUUAGGCUCAAAUCCACCCUCCCCCACUUCACAAACUUUUAUACACGCUUCUUCAUCUAUAUUGGUCCAAUUUGCAUAAUACUAGCCUUAUUUUGAGGGAAAAUACUACACUAAACACUACCCAAAAAACCCCAUUUGAGCAAGCUAGAAACUUGAGUGAUCUUUUUCAUUAUAACUUUUCUUACAGAAAGAAAAGUCAAAAUCUUAGUCCCAACUUCAAGUGCGUUGUAUAUAAGAAAGAAAGAAUUUUUUUUCUCUAUCUCAAACGCCAAAAUCUCUCAAAGAAAGCAUUUCUAAUUUCUAAGCCUCUAAGAAUGCAAAAUCAAAUGAUACUAAAAACCAGCAAAACCACCGACCGGCGAGGCUUCAUACUCUACUCCUUAUUCUUCAUUUGUUGUCUUUGUGCUUUGGCUUCCAUCAAUGAAGUUCGUUUCGAUAAGUACCUCUUAAAACUUGGUCGUUGCCCUCAACAAAACGACACCAACCAAUCUGUGUCGUUUAGUAACAACAUCUCUUCUUCUUCUUCUUCUUCAACAACAACAACAAACGACAAUGAAGACAACAACAACGACAUCCGCAUACUCAUCGGCGUAUUGACCCUACCGGACCAAUACCAACGCCGCCACUUCCUCCGCCUAAUCUACGGCACUCAGUCACAGCCCGCCGGGGCCAAAAUCGACGUCAAGUUCGUGUUUUGCAACCUAACAAAAGAAGACCAAAAAGUCCUCGUAGCUCUGGAGAUAAUGAGAUACGACGACAUCAUAAUCCUGGACUGUAAAGAGAACAUGAACAAAGGUAAGACCUACACUUACUUCUCUAGCUUACCAGAGAUGUUAAACGACACAGACAAGCCUUACCCUCCUUAUCACUACGCCAUGAAAGCCGACGACGACACUUAUUUUCGGCUGGAAAACUUAGUGGAGUCUGUGAGAGGUGCACCAAGAGAAGACUUGUACUAUGGGUAUGUGAUCCCUUGUCCGAGUAUGGACCCCUUUAGGCAUUACAUGUCUGGAAUGGGAUACAUGGUUUCGUGGGACAUAGUGGAAUGGAUUAGAGAAUCCGAGAUUCCAAGGAAUCACUUGGAAGGACCUGAAGAUAAGACGUUUGGAGAUUGGAUUAAAGAAGGUCAUAGAGGUAAGAAUAGAGUGAAUGCUAAGUGGUCAAUGUACAAUUAUCCAGAGCCAAGAACUGGGUGUACUCAUGAGCUCUGGCCUAAUACUAUUGCUGUUCAUUUGUUGAAGAACCAAGAAAAGUGGAUUAGGACUCUUAAUUAUUUUAAUGUCACUCGUCAUUUAAAGCCUUCUAAGCUAUAUCAUAUACCUUAAUUACAUACAUUAUUUUGAUUAUUAUUUUUUUCAUUGUUAUUACUGAUGGGAACCAUAUUUAUACAAAAUUAAUUGAUUUUGGCCAUUA